CGCCAAUCAGACUCGUCCUCCAGAGUCCAGACCGAUCUCCCGAUUCCCGAACCAAACCGGGACCGGGCGGCAUCCUCCGUCUCGUACCGACCCCCGCACCGCCAAACCCUAGUCCACGGCGGCGAGGCGACCUUGCGACCUCCGUUCCUCUGCGCUCCGGCUGAGUUGCUGAUUUGGGAUAAUCCUGUUCUCUCUGAGUGAAUCAACAUGUCUGGGAAUGAUGAUAAGCCACAUGCUGCUGCAGACAGAAUAAAGGCAGCCACGUUAUCAGUGGCUAAGGGAUUAAGCAGGGCUCAAGCUGAACGGGCUGCGACUGCUGCUGCCCGCAAUGUGAAUGCCUAUGGGCAGAAGGAAGAGGGACCAAGCCGCUGGCAGGAGAGGAAGGAAGCCAAGAGACAGAUGUAUCUGAUGAGUACAGAGAAGGCUGCGAAGCUGGGCACUGUGAAGCCAAAAGCUUCAGAAACUUCUUCUGUUGGCGCAUAUACCCAAUGCCAGAAGUGUUUCCAGCAUGGUCACUGGACAUAUGAGUGCAAAAAUGAGCGGGUGUACAUAUCACGGCCCUCAAGAACGCAGCAGCUUAAGAACCCCAAGCUGAAGAAAAGCGUACCGGUUUCUUAUCAAUUUGAGAAUCCUGAUAUUAUAAAGGAGAAGGAAGAGGAGCAGAAGAUGAUGAAAGAAAAGCAGAAGAAGGAGAAAGCCGAAAGAAAAAAGGGAAAGAGUAAGAGGAAGCAUCGAUCGCCGAGUGAUUCAGAUAGCAGCAAUAGUGCUGCUUCGGUGUUCGACUCUGACUCUGAAUCAUCGGGCUCUGAGUACUCUUCCGGAACCAGUUCAAGCUAUAGUUCCUCAGACUCUGAAGACAAGAAGCGGCAACACAGAAGGAAGCAGAAGAAGAGAAGGCACAGGAGGGACAGCACAUCAUCAGCAUCUUCUGAAUCUGAGUCUGCGUCAGACAGUGAUUCGGAUGACAAGAGCAGCCGGAGGAAGAGUAGAAGAAGGGGUGGUAGGCGCUGAAUCUAAUGAGCUGCACAAAGCAGUGUGGAUGUUGAAUAUCAUCAUUAUCAUUAUAUACUUGUGUUCAAUUCAUGAAUAACUUUUCGUCAUCAUCAGACCAUGUGCUGGGCUUUGCCAAUCGAAGAAACAAAUGUAGCAUUUGCUUUCCUGAAUGCUAGUACCGAUGUUUUUCCCUGUACGAAGAAGCACUUGGGAGCUUUUAGGUGUUCCUAUUCUAUGAUCUUUGUGUAACGAUAUUCAUCUAUGGAUUUCUAAGUUUGGUGUGUUCGUGUUCC